AUGACGACCUUCACUUCAGAGCUGGGAAGCGCGCCUCUGCGCAGAAGGCGUCGGGAAGAGGAGAUUGAAAGCGCCUAUGAGGUUCAGCGUGCUGCAGCAAUCAAAGGCGCCCUCAUCUGGACGGGGAUAGGAGCGUCGUCCUGUUUUUUCGCCCACAAUCUCUUCCCUGGUUUCCGACGGCAAACGCUGGCGCUCAAGGCAUUUUUGACAUCUGGAGCUACGAUUUUUGGGUUCGUGGUUGGGGCAGAUACUAAGCUUCUCUCUCACGAGUCCCAGCAACGAGCAAGGGAGAGCCGAAUACGGCAAAUGGCCUGCUCAGAACUGGGCAGAAAAGGGAUUGUCGCUUCCGAGGCGGAAAUUGAAAAGUGGAAGGAUACCUUGAGACAAGAGUACCUAGACAAACAGGCGAAACAGCAAGACGCCGUAGACAGGGUGGCUCAUCAGGCCGUUCCCGAAAUGGUGUCGACGUCGCACACCUAG